CCAUCUCGACCGUCGAUGGCGAGAUCGGACGGCCUGAUGGGGGUUGGGCCCACGCACUACGCGGCGCUGGGCCCGUCUGCCCCCUCUAUAUACAAACCAGCCGCUGGCCUCCCGUUGAGCGCAGAAGCGAGAGCAGGAGCAGCGCCACUCCCCACCGGACACCGACCCGCCGAUCCCGCCGCCGCCGCCGCAGCCCGCGCUCGAUCUCCUCGUCGCUGCCUCUCGUUUCUCAUUUCAACAAUCAAGAUGAGUCGUGGUGGUAGUGCUGGUGGUGGUCAAAGUCAACUGGGUUACCUCUUUGGAAGCGGUGAGGCCCCAAAGCCAGCAGUGGCACCAACUGCACCAGCCACAAGUGCUCCUCCUACUGAGAAACCAGCUCCUGCAAAGCCUGAUGUGACUAAGCAGAUCCCUGCAGGAGUCACCAGCCAAACCAACAACUAUCACCGGGCUGAUGGGCAGAACACUGGCAACUUCCUUACGGACCGUCCUUCGACCAAGGUCCACGCUGCUCCUGGUGGAGGCUCUUCCCUGGACUACCUGUUUGGAGGGAAGUGAUGCUGAUGGUGGUGGCGCUCACCAAUUUAUCCUCCGCCUCCAUCACUAUCCGAACCAAGUUAUCCCCCGCCCGCCGCCUUAGCGUUAUCAGAACCGUGAACAACCGUUGUUGUCGUUCCAUGUGUGUACGAAUGAUUUCUCUGUGGCAAACCUCCCGUCCAGCAUGGGGACGUAAGCUGUUGCUAAAUUUCAGGGCAAAUCGUAUGCCCGAACCUUCGCCAUAAGUCUGUCUGUGCUUGCACCCGGUGUCUUAUUUCGUUUGCGUCCUGUGUGCGAUGGUUGCUACCCGCAUAUUAGGCUGCACCUGCAGCAUCCUAAUACAGCAUCUAUCAAACUUAUAUACUCUCUCCUUCAA